AUGGACAAGCCAAAAGUAGUUCGAGUUUCAGGGGAAUUGUCAGGGCAUUCUGCUAUUCAACAUCGCUUUGGAGGGAGUAAUACGAAGGGCAGGAAUCGACACGUGUGGUACGAUUUUUACAAAGUCCGUUCAGCGCCGACGACAAUGAUAUUAUGGCACGUCACUUUGAGAAAAAAAUGGAGGAAGCCUACAUCAGACUGAAAAGAGAAGCUCAACGGAUUGGACUAGUCAUCAACACGUCGAAGACGAAGUACAUGAUAGGAAGAGGCUCAAGAGAGGACAAUGUAACCCAUCACGAGUUUGUAUCGGUGGUGACGAAAUCGAGUUGGAUGAAGAAUUCGUGUACUUGGCCAGAAUGUCGGACAGCAAUGCGGUGAAAACGGCUCUCGACAACAAUCCGACGGGAACAAGAAGGCGGGGUGCACAGCGAGCAACAUGGAUCGAUCAAGUGGAGGACGAUUUGCGGACCCUCCGCAGACUGCGUGAUUGGCGACGUGCAGACAUGGACCGAGCUGAACGGAGAAGACUUUUAUGCACUGCACGGGCCACUCCGGCCUUAGCCUGAGCAAAUAAACAAAAUAAUGUUUAUUUCUCUUAUAAUAGGCAGCACUCCGCGUCUUCUUCGCCUAACAAGGAUGAUACAAACUUAUUCGAAACAGAUCGACACUGUACUGACAUUCUAUUCGUAGCCAUUAAAGCAACUUUUAUUCUAAUUUUGCUGGUGCUCAUUAUCUACUGUAUGGCCUUUGGUGAUAUCUAUCGAAUAAUAAAUGGAUACGAUGACUGUGCCAACGUGUGUGGCCGCGACAACAAACCCGAUAAGGAUCUCUCGUGCAAGGGUACAGAUCGUACUGAACAGAAAUAUCUCUUGGUAGAGACUUCAGGAACAUCAUCCGACUUACACCGGCAGUGUGUUUCGAAGUGUGAAGACGUUGAAGGAUAUAAGCCAUUCCUGAACCGGUGCAUACGCAAAGAAAACCCCGCCAACGACGUAGCCACCCGUACUGGACUGAGAAACUUUUUCCAGGAAGUAUCGGAGGACAUUGAAUCAUGUUACAUGGAAAUACUGUGGCUUUGUGCAAUUGCAUUCGCGUUUUCGUUGCUGACACUGAUACUGCUGAGAUUCCUCCCGGGUUUUAUCGUAUGGUUGGUGCUACUGGCUGUCAUUGUGGCUUGUACCGUGGGAACCAUCUGGCUCUGGGUCAAGUGGAACUGGGAAAAACAAAACGUUCCUGACGAAGCCAGCGAAGGGGCAAAGAUGCGAGUCAAUAACUACAUGUACUACGCCAUUGCUGCAACGGUUGCCACCAUUAUCGUGUACCUGAUUGUGCUGGUCAUGAGGAAGAGGAUUCGGUUGGUGGUGCAGCUGUUCCGCGAAGCGGGAAAGGCCAUUUCCAGUAUGCCAUUUUUACUGCUGGAGCCCAUACUGACAUUCAUAUCGAUCGCGUCGGUUAUCGCUUUGUACAUAUACUUCACAAUGUGGGUGGAAAGCUCAGGAAUGCUGAAGGUGGAGAAUAAUCAAAGCGCUAAGUACAUCAAGGAUUCGACGAUGCUCUUCACUCGAUGGUACAAUCUGUUGGCGUUUUUCUGGUUUUGUCAAUUCAUCAUCGGUUGUCAGCACAUGGUGAUAGCCGGGGCAGUCGCCUGUUGGUUCUUCACGCGUAACAAGACAAAGCUCGGGAGUCCGAUUUUGAAAAGCUUUAGCAAUUUGCUACGGUAUCACAUGGGAACUGUAGCGCUGGGGUCAUUCAUUAUUGCUGUAGUUCAAUUCUUGCGUACAGUAUUGAAACUUCUUAUGUACUAUGUCCACGAUCGGCAGAACAAAUUGACCAACUGUAUCUUCGAGUGUUGCCAGUGUUGUUUACAGUGUUUCGAGAAGUUUCUUCAAUAUUUGACACGGAAUGCCUACAUCAUGACGGCGAUGCAUGGUGAUCCUUUUUGCAAAGCGGGUAAAAAGGCUUUCAAAGUAUUGACGACCAAUGCUCUUCGCGUUUUUGCGAUAAACUCGGUCGGCGAUUUCGUCCUAGUCCUCGCCAAAGUGUUCGUAGUUGUCGUCACAUGUCUUGUUGGAAUGGAACUCAUCCAGAAGAAAACAGGAUUGCACCAUCCAUACGUUCCAAUCAUUUUGGUGGGCAUUUUUGCAUACUUGGUGGCUCAUUGCUUCGUGACGGUCUAUGAGAUGACCGUUGAUACUAUAUUUAUAUGCUUCUGUGAGGACUGCGAGUGCAAUGAUGGCAUAAGUCGGCCAUAUUACAUGUCCCGUGGCCUGAUGGAGUUUGUCCAGAACUCUAAAAAGGCACUAGCAGUGUACGACUCCCGCACGGCAAGCACAUUAAAGGAAGGAGGUGCGUGGACCAAUGACAAAGGAACCGAUGCGAAAAGGAGAUUAUCCAAAACUAUCUCGGAAACAGUGGACUGAAUAAGAUUUAAGGUUUUAAGUACUAAAGGACAAUGACUUCGAGAAUGAAAAUUUAUAAGUUCUUUCUAUCAUAUUGUGUGUGCGUGUGUCGUGUGAUGCUUUUAUAAUUAUGGCUUCAAUAAAAAAAACAACGAGAACUUCA